CUGGGGCUUCUCGGGGAAGCAUUCUUCUUCAGAUCUGUGGCUUUGGCUCCAGAGAUCUUCACAUCCCACGGCCCCAACGUGAAUUCUAGCUUCUGAGUCUUGUGUGCACAGUUGAUUUGCUACUAUGGUGACCUCGCGCGCGCUCGUCAUGGAUGUGUCGCAGCCUGGAGCUGCUGCCAUGGCACUGGACCAGGACUGGCACGCCUUGAGUGAGGCCCUGGGCAACUUGGGCGUGCACCUCGCGGCCACGCUUGGACUCGGCGCAUCGCUCGGCGGAUUCCUGCAAUGGCUCGCUGUUAUAGCUGCUAUUUACUUGCUGGUAUUGGAUAGAACGAACUGGAGAACCAAUCUGUUGACCGCUCUUCUCGUACCAUACCUCGCGCUUCAACUUCCAGAACCCUUCUUCGGUUUCUUCCGUGGAGGAAUCGGUGCCUGGAUCGCCUUCAUUGCCGUGGUGAUCCGCCUCUUCUUCGCCCAGUCAUUCCCAAACUUGAUUCAUGGUGAUCUCGAGUUGCCCGUAGCCUUCAUCCUCCUUAUCGUCACUGCCCCUAAGACAAUUGUCCACGUGAGAGGCACCAUCAUCUCCGACGUCGUUUCCCUCCUGAUCGGUGCCUAUUUGCUGUUUCAACAUACCAGCCACGCUGGCGGCUUCCGUCGCGCUUUCGGCGAGUCUCGGGGCAUUCCUCACACCGUUGGCAUCCUCCUCUUGUUCGUCGCACCCUUCUGGGCGCUCUUCAAGCAUAUCUUCUAGAUCAAGGUUGUGAAUCUGUGUAUAGGAAGGUAUACGUGUUUUCUAAACUUGCGCACAUGUUUCAAAAGGCAAUCAAUUGCUUUGUAUAUGACCCUCUUUUCAGUCAAGACUUUUAUUGCAUAUCCUUACACAAA